CACUCACAGGUGACCAAUUCCUCAAUUGUAGAAUGGGCUGCUGCACUGGGGGUCCACGGCCAGGGUUCUAGGUUAUCCCAACGCAGCUCUGUCCUAUCUAUCGAGCUUGACGUACAGUUACAUUCAGAGGACAUCAGAAGUAAAAGCGUCCUUAGUUCCGAGGAGACUUGUUACCGACAGAGCCCUAACUGGAUAUACGGUCAAUGCUUCGUUGCCUGGCUAGAGGCGCGAGUCAAUUUCUUCGGUCCCGCCUGCCGUAUCCUCCUGUGACCAAAGCUGGAGUUUCUAGCGGAGUACUAGUAACACCAAGAUGUCCCACAGCAUCUCUUUGUUUGGGCUUGAGGGUCCGAAACGGCGAGAGGAUGUUCCUGACCUCCGCUCAGAAAAACGACACCAUAUAUGCCCUGUCCACCGCUCAAGGCAAGGCCGGUAUAGCCGUCAUUCGUAUUUCCGGGCCGUCAUGUAAGACCGUGUACGAGAGCCUUUGCCCAUCCAAAGCUAUCCCUAAACCCCGUUAUGCCGGAGUAAGGACUCUGUUUCAUCCCGAGUCCAGCGAAACCAAUGUCAUCGAUUCGAAUGCCAUGGUAUUGUAUCUUUCCGGUCCAAAGACGGUCACUGGCGAAGAUGUGCUAGAAUUGCAUGUCCACGGUGGAAAUGCCACGGUGAAAGCUGUACUGUCCGCCAUCGCAGCUUCCAGGACGAGAGGCCGUGUUCGCUACGCUGAACCUGGCGAAUUCACUAAGCGCGCGUUUUUGAAUGACAGACUUGAUCUAGCCCAGGUCGAGGCAUUGAGCGAUAUGCUCUCUGCCGAAACCGAGCAACAGCGGCGCGCCGCAGUGCAUGGGACCUCAGGCGCGCUGGGCCGAAUUUAUGAGGGGUGGCGUCAGAAACUGCUCAAAGCCAGAGCUGAAAUCGAGGCAAUCAUAGAUUUCUCUGAAGACCAGCAUUUCGAUGACUCCCCUCUCGACCUCUUAGCCAACGUGUCGAGGCAAGUUGAACAAAUGCUGUCCAGCAUCGAGAUGCAUGAGACCGCCAGCCAACGAAGCGAACUCCUGAGGAAUGGAAUCAAGAUAGCUCUUCUUGGCCCACCAAAUGCUGGAAAGAGUUCUUUAAUGAACCAAAUCGUCGGAAGGGAAGCCUCUAUUGUUUCUGGAGAAGCUGGGACCACGCGCGAUAUCGUUGAAGCCCACCUUGACAUCCGUGGCUACCUUUGCACUUUCGCCGACACGGCUGGAUUCCGGAGUGUCAAAAGUGUGGAGGGCAGUGGAUUCGACCAAGCUGGGCACAUUAUUGGCACCGUGGAACAAGAGGGUAUACGCCGAGCCAGGUCCAAAGCGCUAGAAUCCGAUCUCGUAGUUGUGCUUGCAUCGAUUGAGCAGGUUCAGUCUGGAGAGUACAUGAUCAACUAUGACUCGGAAACGCUGGGCCUUCUCAUUUCUGUCGGACGAGGUAUUGUUGUGGUCAACAAACGAGAUGUGCUACCGGAAGAGGAGCUUGAGGAUCUUAUCGAAGAUUUUCAGGUUUCGGUUCUUGACAAGAUCAAAGGGUUGUCUGCCAGUCCGAUUCUUGUUUCUUGCAAGCAAGCUCGGGACCACAAUGGUACAGACAUAAAUCCUCGUGGGAUUGAUGGCGUGGUUACAGGCUUGGUGCAACUUUUCACAGAUAUGACCUUGUUACCCGUCGACCAACAGGGUCUCCAUGGCGUUACCGAGCGCCAGCGCCAGCUUCUGGUCCAAUGCCGCAAACACCUGGAAGAUUAUGUGGGCAACACGACAUCCGACGACGCCAUUGACGAGCUCAAGUUUGUCGUUGCUGCUGAGGAUCUCCGGUAUGCCGCCAAUUGCCUGGCACGUAUCACGGGCCAUGGCGAAUCGGGAGAUGUUGAAGAGGUCCUCGGGGUCAUUUUCGAAAAAUUCUGUGUAGGUAAAUGAAUGAAUUGAAUUGACUGAACAUUAUAACCAGCUCCCCUGUUUCAAGUUGGCGACUGAGUAUUUCCCAUAAAAGUCGCCCAAACCCC